GUCACCGGAAGUGACGAGGUAUGUCUUUUUCACGGGGUAUGCUUUUUGGAUAGAACACCGGAGAUGGAGGCUCGAUACAACCUGAAGAGUCCGGCGGUGAAGCGUUUGAUGAAAGAAGCAGCAGAAUUGAAAGAUCCCACAGAUCACUACCAUGCUCAGCCACUAGAGGAUAAUCUUUUUGAAUGGCACUUUACUGUCAGAGGGCCCCCGGAUUCUGACUUUGACGGAGGAGUGUAUCAUGGUAGAAUUGUGCUUCCACCGGAAUAUCCCAUGAAACCUCCCAGCAUCAUUCUACUGACUGCUAAUGGAAGGUUUGAAGUAGGAAAGAAAAUCUGUUUGAGUAUUUCUGGACAUCAUCCAGAAACAUGGCAACCCUCCUGGAGUAUAAGAACUGCAUUAUUGGCCAUUAUUGGAUUUAUGCCAACCAAAGGUGAAGGUGCCAUAGGCUCUUUGGAUUACACACCCGAGGAAAGAAAAGCACUUGCCAAAAAAUCCCAGGAGUUCUACUGUGAGGCAUGUGGGGUGAACUUGAAGUCAGCAUUGCUCCCACUAACAUCGGACUCCAGCGCAGAUGACCGAGAGGCCAGGGAACUUGCAAGGCAAAUCAGUUUCAAGGCAGAGGUUAAUCCACCCGGAGGUGCGCAAUCUGAUGGAAAUCCUUCAAAGCAGCCACAAGACAUACCUGAGCCAGUUCCAGAAGCUGGAGCAACACAUGAGGCUGACUCUCAGGAAGCUGCCACUGUCUCUGGUCAGGAAGUCUCCCAGGCCGUUCCAGCUACAAAUGUUCCUAGGAGCCCAAGGCAGCGCCGUGCGCAGCAACCACAGAGAAGUGUUCCUGCCUCGCCAGGCCUCAUCCAGGUCCAGCAGCAUGGUGUUAAUGGCAGUAACACGGGUUCUGCUGUUCUUAUCGUUGUGCUUACAUUGGCACUUGCAGCUCUGAUAUUCCGUAGAAUAUACCUGGCCAAUGACUACACUUUUGACUAUGAGCUAUAAUCCUUAGUUUAUUGUGGAAGCAAUUGACAUGAAUGCCUCAUUAAACCAUGUUUAUCAGGUAUGCAAUGAGAACUGUUUACAUGAGCCAUUAUUUAUCUGCUUGGAAAACUGUUUAUUUUUCUCUUUAGCUACAUCAUUAGUGGCCCCAUAAUUACAGAUGUCCUAGGUCGUUUGCUUCCUGGGAGACUUGUCCCAGUUAAAUCUAUUUGUUCAAGACCGUUUAUUUCCCACCACUGUGGCUGUUUCCCUUUAAUUAACUGGCUCAUGGCAUCACAUUUACCAACUAUCUGAAGUCCGAGAAAGGGAACCAGCUGAAGUGUAAUUAAUCUCCAUGGAACGCAUCAAGCAUGUGUAGACAUUCUUCCAAUGCACUUGCGUUGCCCACAUUAUUGUUGAUCUGUUGGGCAAACUCCAUUAGUCUACAACAAUCUUAAAUUCUGUUGUCGUGCUCAUGUUUAUUAUUUAAUAUAGUUAUCAGGUGCAUGGCACACGAGAUCAUACAUUUAUACAAGAUCUGCCCAUGUGACCUGUGCUAUUCGCAGCAAGUUGGAAUUUUCAAACUUUAAGAAAUACACCGUAUACAGCCUAGCAUCUUUUUUUUCUGAUAAAUCAUUUAGGUAUAUGCGGGAAACAACAUGUUCAAACUGUACCUAUAUAUUUGUGAAACAUCAACACAAUUCGGAUCACUUGACACCUCCCAAAAAUAUUUGGGGCCCUCUCCUGUUCAAAGACUUUGUCUUUUUUUUUUUUUUUUUCAGAUAAUUUAUAACCACUUUUAGUACCAUCAAAUGGGAAUUGUCACUUCCAAAGAAUUGUAAUAUUCUAUUUACAAAUAUGUAUUUGUAUUUUCUAUGGUGUAGAAAUCCACACCUACAACUGGGCACCUCUAUCUUAGUUCCCUGUCAAUCACUUUAUGUUAGCUCUGUGCAUUGUACAUGACAGUCAGCACAGGGAGAGCAUACAGAAAAGAGGAGAUUUUGGGAAGAUGUAUCGAAGUGUCCAGUUAAGGGGAUCAGUCACCAAUAGAAUGUGCUUGCUGUUUCAUUGGUUUCCAUGGUGAUUGCUCCACUACUUUAAAAUGAUAAAUAACCCCUAAUGUUUAUAUUUCUCUUCCACAUUUGCAAUGUGUGUGUGCCCUGACUGUGCCUGGCCUGAACUGAAUUGUGAUGCAAUUUGUUAAAUCUUAUUAUAUUAAUUUAGUUGAGCAUCUCAUUAAAAGAAAGUUCAACAUGA